AUGGCAAGCAAAAAGAGAGGAGAAAUCCAGUUACAGACCAUCAUUAAUAGUCAAACCUUGUGGGAUGAGAUGUUGCUGAACAAAGGCUUGACAGUGAUUGACGUCUACCAAGCUUGGUGUGGUCCUUGCAAAGCAAUGCAAAGUUUAUUUAGAAAAUUGAAAAACGAGCUGAACGAAGAUGAAAUUCUGCAUUUUGCUGUUGCAGAAGUUGAUAGCAUUGUGACUUUGCAGUCAUUUAAAGAUAAAUGUGAACCUGUUUUUCUCUUUAGCCUUAAUGGAAAAAUUAUUUCCAUGAUUAAGGGUGCAAAUGCACCACUUGUAAAUGCAAAAGUUACCCAGCUUAUUAAUGAGGAAAGGAAAGUUUUAGCAGGUGAAAUUGUUCGCCCUGAGUAUGAAGAAAUUAUAUUUGUAGAAUCAGAUACAGAAGAUACUGAAGAUGAACAUAAAGAAAAUCCUGAGGAAGAAUACAGUUUUGUUAUUAUUAGACCAAAUUCCAUGAUUAGUACAAAAGCUAGAGAAAUUAAAGAAAAAAUUACAGAGGCAGGAUUUGUCAUAGCAGCAGAGGAUAUGAGAAUUCUCCCCGAAGGAGAUGUUCGUGACUUCUACAGUUUGAUGGCAGAUGAGCCUGACUUUGAAGACUUUGUCUCAUUUAUGACAUCUGGCAUAAGUUAUCUUCUAGCUUUCUCUCAGGGAAAUAAAAAACAAGAAGUCUUUGAAGAACCUGAAUCUGAACCAGAGAGUCUUCCUCAAGAAUCACCUGAAGAUGAUUCUGAUGUCAAAGAUGUGAACAAAUCUCUAGAGAUGAAGACUUUACAAGACUAUGUGGAUAGGCAACAUUUAUCUCAGUUUUGUGAUGUUGAAGAAGAUAUCACUAAUGCUAAUAAAUUCAUUGAUAUCUUCUUUCCUGAUUUAAAAAGAAUGAAAUUGGAAAAGAUAAUGGCAUUAAUUAGACCAGAUCUCUGUAAAGAAAACAAAGAGGAUGUUUUGGAAGUUAUUGAAAAUGAAGGGUAUAAAAUACUGAUGCAAAGACAGAUAGUAUUAUCAGAAGAAGAAGCACAAAAAUUCUGCAAGGAAUAUGAAAAUGAAAACUAUUUUCAGGAUCUUCUAGAAAAUAUGACCAGUGGACCAUCUCUGGCCCUUGUUUUAGUGAGAGAGAAUGGUUUGAAACAUUGGAAACAUAUACUAGGACCAAAUUCUGUUGAAGAAGCCAAGGAAUAUAUUCCAGAGUGUUUAUGUGCACGGUUUGCAAAGGGAACUUUGCCUGUCAACCAGAUUUAUGGAAGUAAUUCACUAGAAGAAGCCAAAGAGGAAAUACAGCAUUUCUUUCCAACUGAGAGCACUUUUGGACUCAUUAAACCUCAUGUAUUUUAUGAAGAUAAAGAUGCUAUCCUGAGGUUAAUUAAGGAACAUGGAUUUGAGGUGACUUAUCUGAAGGAAGUGGUCCUCACUCAAGAGCUGGCUGAUCGUAUUUAUAUAAGUAUAAAAACAAAAGAUUUUUAUAAAGAUGUCUUGGAAAUGUUAUUUGAAGGCCCGAGUGUGAUCAUGGUCUUGACCAGGUGGAAUGCCAUUGCUGAAUGGAGAAGAUUAAUGGGCCCAACAGACCCAGAAGAAGCAAGGCUCUUGGCCCCAGAAUCCAUUCGAGCCCAUUUUGGAAUCAGUAUCUUGCACAAUGCUGUCCAUGGAGCAUCAAAUUCCUAUUCAGCAGGAGAGACCAUUAGAGAAAUAUGUGGAGAACUUGAUCAUGAAAAUCUUGAGGAAAAUUAA